GUAAACAUCAGCUCAGUCGCAAAAAAUGCAAGAUAACAAGUCGUCAGGAAGAAAAGUGAUGAAAAAGCGAGGCAAAUCUGCAAAAGCCGUCGAUAUGAGUCAUUUUCUUGAUUUUUUGGCGAAAAAAUCUAAGAAUAUCAGUCGCCCACUAAUGCUGAAAGAUCUUUUCUCUGCUUACAAGGAAGAAGCUGGCUAUCCGGGAACAGUGGCAACGCUCAGACUGAAACUUCGAUGGGACUUGGCGGUGAAAAUUCCGCUCGCAGCCAACUUUGAAGACGAUGAAAAAGCACAAAUGUUGUUCGCUACAAGCACAUCUGCCAAGGAAGAGUUUCUCAAAAGACUCAGGGAGAAAGCUACCGUUGAUGUUGACAACCUUCAACGAAUCACAUAUUACAAGUCGACAAAACUUGAAUUCAAAGGAAAACACGCCAAAGGGAAUUUCGCCGACCUGUCCCAACGAAGAUCCAGCUCCGCAUCAAACCAAUCCGUCGCACAGUCGCCUCCACAGCUGCAACAGAUCAAUUCGGCGGAUCUUCAAGAAGAAGAAGAUGAGGAUGAGAUUAUCGUCAUUGAUCAGACCAGUAAUCCAGCUAUCAACUACCCCAAAAUGAAGCAGAUCGCUGUAAAGACAGAAUUCCAGGAGCCAAGAAUCGAUUAUCCGCCUAGUGAUGGCUCGGACACCAUCUCCGUGAUAAAUGUGAACGCCGGAUACUCUUUGUAUUGCCCACAACCUGCUUUCUAUCCCAAUGUCGAUCGCUCGAUGUUCACCGCAAUGGGGCAAAUGAUGACUGGCGUGCUGCAAAUGCAAAGUCAAAUGAUGAAAGAGGUUUUGAACCGGGGAUCGACCUCCGCACCACCUCCAGCUGCACCAGAAACCACAAGUUUGCGCGAUUUCCUCGAUUUCGUGAAGGUGUACGUCAAUACCCUGAACUCGGCGCAAAUGGACGAAGCGCGCCGCCUGAUUCAAAACCUUUUGGCCGUCUACCGAAACAUCGACAAGCAAAUUCCGUUGAGUAAGCUGCGUAUGGGACUUGCCACCGCAAAAACAAUGGCUGAUAUGUACUCGAUCGACGUCGCUGAUGGAGCCUCGGCCACCACUUUCUUCCAGUUCCUCGAGAUUUAUGCGAAUACUCCGAACAAUUCGCAAUUUGUUACCCUCUGCAACGAUCUGAAGAGGAAAAUUGAGGAUUUGAAGGGGAAAGACAAGAAAAUUCCAUUCCACCAUCUGUACAAUAUCAUCAAGACGGCAGUGGAUCUUGUUGCUCAAUAGAGCUGUAUUUCAAUGAUUUUAUUGAUUCCUCUGCAUAAUAUUCAUGCCCUGUUUAUUUUCUUUCAAUGUUCCGUUUUUAUUAAUUUUUAUGAUUUUUUCCCUUUUAUUUUUGCGUGUCUCUAGAUAAUAAACACUCGCCGUUUUU